AACUUCUUAUUAUUUUUUAUAUAUUCAAGGAAUUAUUUUCAAAUUCAGCCCACUUAAUUUUUUUAUUCAUGGAAAUCCCCGCGUCUUCUUCCCCCUGUCCUUUUCCAGAGCUCCACCAGUAUACUGCCCCUGUCUCCGCCGAAACCCCGCCGAACCCACUUCCCUCCGACCCCAAUCCGACGUUCUGCAACUUCGCUUCGUUUUCAAAGCCUCCCAAUUCCCGAAAAUACAAGAAGAAAAGACUUAUCGAAGAUGUACAAUCAUCCUCUUCUUGUUCCACAAACAAAGGCAAGGCAUUGGCGUUAAAAAGACGCAACGUUAAGGUCCGGUUGGGUCAGGUUCGAAGGCCCACCGAGGGGACUGAGAUGGAGGCCAUCGCUCUUCCUCUGGGAAUGUCGUUCGCUGCAGUUGUUGCUAAGGUCCUGGAAAGGAAAGAUGCUGCAGGUGAUAGGAUGUCGAUUGACCAUCUUUCAAGGAUCUGUGCUUCAGCUGUCAGAGAAUCUUUAACCAAUGUUUUUGGGAGAAAUUUUGAUUAUUUCGCGAGGAACUUUGAGAAAUCAUUUGGGAGCACAUUGAGGACUCUUAGAUUGAUUAAUGAAUCAUCCACCACGGAGGGAUACCUCCUAAAAGAUCACCAUGUAUCCAAUUCAUAUGUGCCUUAUAAUGAAGAGGGUUGCUCAAGCAAUUCCGAGCUUCAUGAUUGUCACUCAGAAACAGAUUUGCCUACUAUUGCAACUCGAGAUAUAUUGACUACCACUGAAGGGGAAACAGAACAAACGUCAGCAAGUUUAAUUUAUAAGGAACUUGUACUGCAUGAUCAAAACAACCAACUAGUUUGUGCCUCUUCAGGAUCAGUAGCUUCUGCAAUCAAUAAUAAUGUGCUUAGCACAACGGAGAAAUCUGUUGUAGAACAAGUCCGUUCAAAUGACCUCAAGGCAUUGGAGCUUGGUCUUGCAAUGAAAAGAUUGAAGUUGAAAGAGGCGCAGUUUGCUCUCAACUAUGAUUCAAAUCAUUUGGAGAGGUCAAAAUUGGCUAUGGGUAUAUCCAAGGCAUCUUUUAAAGCUGAAAAAUUCAAAACUCAAUUAGAAGACAUGAGAUUUGGUGAGUUUCUUCAAAAGUGCAUCGACUGUCUUGUAGCCGGUAUAGUCCUCAUGUCGGCAUCCCUUUCAUAUGCUGCUUAUGUUUUCUCAUACAAAAAAAUUUCUGAAGCAACAGCAGCCUGCUUGCCUUUACAAAAGGAAUCCAAGCCUUGGUGGAUGCCAAAUACAGUAUCAUCUUUUCAUUCGGGGCUGCAUACCGUUAAGUGCCAAGUUCAGGUUAUGAGCCGAAUGAUAUUUGGUUUUCUAAUGAUUCUUGCUAUAGCUUACUUGCUUUUCCAGCGUUCGGCCUCUUCAGGACUGACAAUGCCAAUCACCUUCAUCUUCUUGCUCUUUGGAUUUGCCUGUGGUUUUGCCGGCAAGCUUUGUGUAGACACUCUGGGUGGAAGUGGGUAUUCAUGGCUCAUAUAUUGGGAGAUUCUAUGCUUGCUGCAUUUCUUUGCUAACGUCUGCACAUCACCAUUGUUUGUUAUGCUUCAUGGCCCUGUCAACAUUUCUCAAGGGAAGGAAGGCAAGACUGUAGUUCCAUACUGGGCUAGAAGAUCAAUGUUCUACACCACUCUCCUUCUGUUCCUACCAUUAAUCUGCGGCCUCAUGCCUUUCGCAACCUUGUAUGAAUGGAGGGAUCACUUCUCAGUACUAAUCCUAGGUUCUCAAUCAUCAUCAAUUGACAAUUAAUGCUACAGUUUGAGUGUUGUGUUAAUCACAAAUUUCUUGUGCCGUCGAGGUAAUGUUAUUGACUAUUGGUGUAAAUUGUGCUGUAUGUCCAAGCUGCUCCAGUCUUGUAUUUGCCUUGAAUUAUGCUCCUGUGGGUGCAGCUUGCUUUAUUUAUCUUUUGUAUCAGUUAUUUUUGGUAUCUCAACUGAAACGAGCCUGGCGGUAAUGUUAACAAUUUCUUUCUUUUACCCAGAAAAGAGUGGAAUUUUAGUCACGGUUUGAUGUUUAUUGCAAUGUAAGGAAGAAUUUUUGUAGUGACAAUGUUACGCUAUAUAGUUUGUAAAAGCAAACAUUGGCUCUUGUUUCA